CUUUCAUAAUAUAUCGUAGCGAGAUGCCUCAACAAAUUAAGGAUAUCAAGCAAUUCCUCGAAAUUGCCCGUAGAAAGGAUGCCAAGUCCGCUCGCAUCAAGAAGAACGCUGACUCUGUCAAGUUCAAGGUUAGAUGCUCUCGCUACCUUUACACUCUCGUCGUUAAGGACAAGUCCAAGGCUAGCAAGCUUAAGCAAUCUCUUCCUCCUUCUCUCGUUGUCAAUGAGAUCUAAAUUGCAUAAACGGACAACAAUUUUUCAUUGUUACAACUUCGUAUUUACUGUACUUCAGUCGGUUCUUUGCAACCGAAGAUAGUAUUUCACAAUAUGUUUACGCAAAAAAAAAUGUAAUAAAGCAACACCCUUUAUCAAAGCGA